UCGCUAUUGCCCUCCACGGCUCGCCUGUUAGUGCAAGACAACAGCGCCGGGGGCAGCGAGCAGGGGGAGGGGGCAGAGGGCAGCAACCAGGAACUGCUGGCCUCUUUGGGUGCCUUUGGAGUGGGGAGUGGGGGUUUGAGUGAGGGAGGAGGAGGGGUGGAGAGUGGGAGUGAGGAGGAGGGAGGGGAGGGAUUGGCGCUGAGCAUGGCGGCGUGGGUGCAGGUGCCGGCCAAUCACGUGCGCCCAGGGGAUCGGGUGCUCGUGCUGCCUGGUGACGUCAUCCCUGUGGACGGUUUGGUGGAGUGUGGACGCAGUGCAGUGGACGAGUCACUGCAAACAGGAGAGGCGGCCACAGUGCCCAAGCGCAGGGGGACUACUGUUGCUGCUGGCACUGUCAACUGGGAGGGGCCCAUAGUGGUGUCUGCCACAGCAACAGGCGCCAGCUGCGCCGUGUGUGAGAUGGCACGGCGCGUGGAGGACGCACAGCAGCGCACAGCACCGGUGCAGCGCCUAGCAGAUGCCAUAGCAGGGCCCUUUGUGUUCACCAUCAUGACUCUCUCUGCUGCCACCUUUGCCUUCUGGUACACGGUGGGGGUGCACCUGUACCCGGCAGUGCUGCUAUCAGACUUUGCAGGCGACGACUCGGACCCGCUCGUGCUCAGCCUCAGACUCGCAAUCAGUGUGCUGGUGGUGGCCUGCCCCUGUGCACUCGGCCUCGCCACGCCCACCGCCAUCCUUGUUGGCACAUCCUUGGGGGCGAGGAGGGGGCUGCUGCUGCGCGGGGGAGAUGUGUUGGAGAGGCUCGCAGCGGUCGAUGUGGUGGCGUUUGACAAGACCGGCACGCUGACAGCGGGACAGCCCCAGGUGUCUGCUGUGGUGCCUGCAGCCCACCUGCCGCCCACCACUCUCAACCACUCACCAUCGCACUCCACCUCCCUCCACCAAGACCCAGCCAAAGCGUCAAGCCACAGGCACACCACCACCACUGCUACUGCUGUUGCUACUAAUGCUGAUACUGCCACUGACACUGCCACUGUCUCUCUCCUGCGCUUGGCAGCAGCAGCAGAGGCCACCACCCGCCAUCCAGUAGCUGCCGCCAUCACCACCCACGCUGCCCGCCUCUCCGCCGCCCCGCUGCCGCCCGUUUCGUCGGCUCUCACUGUUCCCGGGCGGGGCGUGGUGGCUCUAGUGGAUGGUAGAGAGAUCCACGUGGGGGGCUUUGAUUGGGUGGCGAAGCACUGUUUGGGGGGGACAAGGGAGAGGGAGGGGAAGGGAGGGAGUGGGAAAGGGAGUGAGGUGGAAGGAGAGAAGGAGAGGUGGCAGAGAGUGGAGGAGGGGGUGUUGAGAGGGGAGUGUGGAGGCGUUGGAGGGAGUGGGGAGGGAGGGGAUGGCGGCAGCAGGGAUAGCAGCAGCAGCCACACGUUUGUGUAUGUGGGUGAAACGAGGAGCGAGGAGGAGAGGAGGGGGGCGGCGGAGGAGGGGAGGAGUGUGGGCGGAAUUCUGGGGUGCAUCUGUGUGAGCGACUCGCUACGCGCCGAGGCACAGCAGACAGUGAGCCGGCUGGAAUCGCUGGGAGUGUCAGCGGCUGUGCUCUCAGGCGACCGGCAGGCAGCAGUCAGCCACGUGGCGGAGGCAGUUGGCAUUGCUGGCCAGGGGAAGGUUCUCGGAAGGCUGCUGCCGGAGGGCAAGGCGGAGGCGAUUGAGAGCAUGCAAAGGGACGGACACAGUGUGGCGAUGGUGGGUGAUGGCAUCAACGACACCCUCGCCCUGGCCCGUGCAGACGUGGGCGUGGCGGUGCCUCCCCCAGGUGCCACCUCGGCUGUCAUGAGUGCUGCUGCUGACGCUGCUGACCUUGUGCUGCUCGGCAACCGACUCACCCAGCUAGUGGAGGCGGUGCAUCUAGCGCGAGCCACAAUGAACCGGGUCCGUCUGAACCUCGCGUGGGCCCUCACCUACAACUGCCCCUCCCCUCCUCCCCCUUGUGUGUGCCGCGCUGCCUUGCUUUCCCCUUCCCUCCCCCUCCAGCUAGUGGAGGCGGUGCAUCUAGCGCGGGCCACAAUGAACCGAGUGCGUCUCAACCUCGCAUGGGCCCUGGCAUACAACUGCCUUGCGGUGCCCCUCGCUGCUGGUGCCUUCCUCCCGGCCUACGACAUCGCACUCACACCCACACUUGCUGGUACGCCUUUGGGGUCGAUUCUAAGCCCGCCUCUCACGUCGCUCUCACACGCUCGCUUGCUGGUAUGGGGGCCUCAUGGCUGGGAGCUCUGUGCUGGUGGUGGUCAGCUCGCUGCUGCUGCGACUGCACAAGGCACCGCAGUGAACCACAGCGCACCGCAGUCUCCCCUGAUGCGCGCCAGGCAGCACUGCGCUGAGAUCCACGGCAUGACACCCCCUCACAUGCCCCCUUCCGCCCCUCCCCUCCCUUCCAACCCCUGCCUCCUUGCUCCCCACUUCUCCUUGCACCCCCAAUACCCUCCCUCCCCCAGCCGUGUUCUGCGGGCAGGCCUCCCCAUUAAUGCGCACCAGGCAGCACUGCGCGGAGAUUCACGGGGAAUCAGGGCUGGAUGGGCCCGACUGGGGGGAAGGGGAGAAGAGGAGGCAGAGGAGGUGGCGGAGUUAGAGCGGGAAACGGGUGGGGUAGGGGCGGAUGGGGGCGAAAAAGGGGAGGGAGAUGGGAUAGAAGGGGUUGGGGAGGAGGGGGAUGUGCCAACUGUGACUCACAUGUACCGGCACAUUCGUCAGGCGUUUCUAGAGAGGCAGGCAGCGAUGAGAGAGUGGAAAAGGGGAGCAGAGCGAAGUGGCUUGAACGGCGAGCAAGGGGCAGGGAAGGAGAAACGAGUUGGCGCUGUCGCUGGUGUCACUGGAGUUGCAGGAAAUGGGAAUGGGAAUGUGGCAGUGGGAGGGGGGGCGGGAGGAGGGGCAGCAGCGGAUGGGCCUCCAGCAAAGAGGAGAAGGGAGGAUGAAGAAGAUCAAGGGACAGGGGUGACUGGGGCAGUGGCAGAUGGUGUAAUGACAGAUGGCACAGUGGCAGAUGGUGUAAUGACAGAUGGCACAGUGGCAGAUGGGGCAGCGGUGGUAAUCGGAUCUCACAUUUUCCUCACUUUCCUCCUUGUUCCACCUACAUCCGUUUCUCUCCCUCUCUCCUCUCUGCCCUCUCUCCCCUCCCUCUCCCCUCUCCCCUCUCCCCUCUCCCCUCUCCCCUCUCCCCUCUCCCCUCUCCCCUCUCCCCUCUCCCCUCUCCCCUCUCCCCUAUCCCCUCUCCCCUCUCCCCUCUCCCCUCUCCCCUCUCCCCUCUCCCCUCUCCCCUCUCCCCUCUCCCCUCUCCCCUCUCCCCUCUCCCCUCUCCCCUCUCCCCUCUCCCCUCUCCCCUCUCCCCUCUCCCCUCUCCCCUCUCCCCUCUCCCCUCUCCCCUCUCCCCUCUCCCCUCUCCCCUCUCCCCUCUCCCCUCUCCCCUCUCCCCUCUCCCCUCUCCCCUCUCCCCUCUCCCCUCUCCCCUCUCCCCUCUCCCCUCUCCCCUCUCCCCUCUCCCCUCUCCCCUCUCCCCUCCCGCUCAUCGAUGCUUACAUCUUCACAUCCUUCUCGCGCCCAGUAGCGGAGUUUAACAUUCAGCCAGGAUUGUGUUCAACAGCGGCUGCCCGCUCACAAUGGUUCCACUGGAGGUCACUCACACAGCCCUGCUCUACCCAUCAGUCGCUGCUCACAUCUCCUCCUGUCCUCUUCACUGCCCCCUCCUCCACUCAUGCUGCCCCCCCUUAUUCCCUGCACACCCCGUUCCACCUCUCCGCCCUCCCCCUUCAGGUCACGCACACGGCCCUGCUCUACCCAUCAGUCGCUGCUCACAUCUCCUCCUGUCCUCCUCACUGCCCCCUCUGCACCCCCUCCUCCACUCAUCCCACCCCCUCCUCCACUCAUCCCACCCCCUCCUCCACUCAUCCCACCCCCUCCUCCACUCAUCCCACCCCCUCCUCCACUCAUCCCACCCCCUCCUCCACUCAUCCCACCCCCUCCUCCACUCAUCCCACCCCCUCCUCCACUCAUCCCACCCCCUCCUCCACUCAUCCCACCCCCUCCUCCACUCAUCCCACCCCCUCCUCCACUCAUCCCACCCCCUCCUCCACUCAUCCCACCCCCUCCUCCACUCAUCCCACCCCCUCCUCCACUCAUCCCACCCCCUCCUCCACUCAUCCCACCCCCUCCUCCACUCAUCCCACCCCCUCCUCCACUCAUCCCACCCCCUCCUCCACUCAUCCCACCCCCUCCUCCACUCAUCCCACCCCCUCCUCCACUCAUCCCACCCCCUCCUCCACUCAUCCCACCCCCUCCUCCACUCAUCCCACCCCCUCCUCCACUCAUCCCACCCCCCUCCUCCACUCCACUCAUCCCACCCCCUUCUCCACUCAUCCCACCCCCUCCUCCACUCAUCCCACCCCCUCCUCCACUCAUCCCACCCCCUCCUCCACUCAUCCCACCCCCUCCUCCACUCAUCCCACCCCCUCCUCCACUCAUCCCACCCCCUCCUCCACUCAUCCCACCCCCUCCUCCACUCAUCCCACCCCCUCCUCCACUCAUCCCACCCCCUCCUCCACUCAUCCCACCCCCUCCUCCACUCAUCCCACCCCCUCCUCCACUCAUCCCACCCCCUCCUCCACUCAUCCCACCCCCUCCUCCACUCAUCCAACCCCCUCCUCCACUCAUCCCACCCCCUCCUCCACUCAUCCCACCCCCUCCUCCACUCAUCCCACCCCCUCCUCCGCUCAAGCCACUCCCCCUCCUCCUUCCUUAGCAACCCCAUCCGCCCCUGCUGCUAAUGCCACCCAAAUCACCAAUGGUGCUGCUACGGCUGUAGCCGCUGCAACUGCCGAUGCCAGCCUAACAGCUCCCGCUGCCAGCGCAGGCGGGUGUGUUGGCUGCUAUAGGGGGAGAAAACUACGGCAAACGGUCUCUGCGUUGAUGCAUUUCUUCGCCCGCACGUACCUCGAAGUCUUUGGCUUCCAGCACCCCCCUCUGCACGACCCCUGUGCUGUUGCCUUCGUGAUAGCUCCAGCUCUCUUCAAGGCAGAGCACCUCCGAGUGGACAUCGAGACCAAGAGUGAGACGGAGCACCUCCGAGUGGACAUCGAGACCAAGAGUGAGCCUUCCUCAUUCCCGCAUUUCCCUUCCUCAGUUGUCGGCAGGGCAGACGGUGUGUGA